ACGUUUUGCGGUACAAUGGCCGGCUCUAACCAUAAUUCCGAAAAAUCGAUAACAAUAAGAACAUCUCAUUCCUUCGUUCAUGCUUUCGGAGUUCGCACCUUCUUCGGGUUUACAUCAAUCGUGGGAAGUAUAUUAAUUUACGCGUAAGAAAAUUGAUCGGUAGCAGAAUUAAAAAAUUUAUUUUUGAAAGCUCAUAUGCUGUCAGUAACUGAAGCACAGUGAUUCACCAGAGUUUGUGUAAAAUAUAUAUAUAUAAAAUAUACCCUAAACACGCGAUUUAACGAAAGAGAAAAAUGGCAGCAAGCGACAAAUCUGUCGAUGACUCCCUUUACCCGAUCGCUGUACUAAUCGAUGAGCUGAAAAAUGAGGAUGUGCAGUUGCGGUUGAAUUCAAUUAAGAAAUUGUCGACUAUAGCUCUUGCUCUGGGAGAAGAACGUACACGUUCCGAGCUAAUUCCGUUUUUAACCGAAACAAUCUAUGACGAAGAUGAAGUUCUUUUGGCAUUGGCUGAUCAACUUGGCAAUUUUACAAGUUUGGUUGGUGGACCUGAGUAUGCUAUGUACUUAAUACCACCUCUGGAGAGCUUAGCAACAGUUGAAGAAACCGUAGUUCGUGAUAAAGCUGUAGAAUCAUUGCGUACCGUUGCAUCAGAGCACAGUGCUCAAGAUUUAGAAAUUCAUGUUGUACCAACAUUGCAACGUUUGGUUUCUGGUGAUUGGUUCACUUCACGUACCUCAGCUUGUGGCCUCUUCUCUGUUUGCUAUCCACGAGUUUCGCAACCAGUAAAGGCCGAAUUACGUGCAAAUUUCCGUAAAUUAUGUCAAGAUGAAACUCCGAUGGUACGUCGAGCUGCUGCAAGCAAGUUGGGGGAAUUCGCAAAAGUCGUAGAAAUUGAAUAUCUGAAGUCAGAUUUGAUUCCAAAUUUCGUGCAAUUAGCUCAGGACGAUCAGGACUCUGUUCGUUUGUUGGCAGUAGAAGCCUGUGUUAGUAUUGCCCAAUUGUUACCUCAAGAAGAUGUAGAACAUUUGGUUUUACCGACAUUACGUCAGUGCGCUAGUGAUUCGUCUUGGCGAGUGCGGUACAUGGUUGCUGAAAAAUUUGUUGAUUUGCAAAAGGCUGUUGGUCCUGAGAUCACUCGUGUCGAUUUGGUACCCGCAUUUCAGUAUUUGCUGAAGGAUGCUGAAGCUGAAGUACGUGCCGCUGUUGCUACAAAGGUGAAGGAUUUCUGCGCCAAUUUAGAUAAAACCAAUCAAGUUCAGAUUAUUAUGACAUCAAUAUUGCCAUAUGUGCGUGAUUUAGUAUCUGAUCCCAAUCCUCACGUGAAAUCAGCAUUGGCAUCAGUUAUUAUGGGUUUAAGUCCUAUGUUGGGCGCAUAUAAUACUGUCGAGCAUCUCUUACCCUUGUUCCUCAUACAACUAAAGGACGAAUGUCCUGAAGUUCGGUUGAAUAUUAUUUCAAAUCUAGAUUGCGUCAAUGAUGUAAUUGGUAUUCAGCAACUCUCACAGUCGUUAUUGCCAGCCAUUGUCGAACUUGCUGAAGACUCUAAAUGGCGUGUGCGUUUGGCAAUCAUUGAAUACAUGCCCGCGCUGGCUGGCCAACUAGGCCAGGAAUUUUUCGAUCAAAAGCUAAGAGGUUUGUGUAUGGGAUGGUUGAAUGAUCAUGUCUACGCGAUUCGAGAAGCCGCCACUCUCAACAUGAAAAAGCUAGUUGAGCAGUUCGGUGCACAAUGGGCCGAGCAAGCCAUUAUUCCUAUGAUUUUGGUCAUGUCACGUAAUAAGAACUAUUUGCACCGUAUGACGUGUCUAUUUUGCUUGAAUAUGCUCGCUGAAGUUUGUGGCACCGAUAUAACCACGAAAUUGCUGUUACCAACAGUACUUCUAUUAGCAACAGAUCCUGUAGCCAAUGUUCGAUUUAACGUUGCAAAAACAAUGCAGAAAAUUUCCCCGUUUCUUGAAGCUAGUGUUAUUGACUCACAAGUUAAACCUACAUUGGAAAAAUUAAAUGCAGAUCCUGAUGUCGAUGUAAAACAUUUUGCAUCAGAAGCCAUUGCAGGUAUCGCUGCAGCGUAAUCACUUAAAAUUCAACAUUUUCAUUUCAACUUUUUUAUCAUUUUUUAAAUUUAGCCGAAGUUAAAAAUGGCAAGGAUUAAAAAUGACCUGCUCAAAUUAAUCGAAAAAACUUAAAGCAUCAUCGGCAAGUCGUCAACCAUAAAGAGCUGGUGUAUUGCAAGAAAUCGCAGAAUAUCACUGUACAAAGUGAUUAAUGAGAAUUAAAUAAUAUAUUUAAGCAUUACAUCCAAUUAGAGUAAUACGGAUAGCACACAAUCUUGAUUAUUUAAUAUAUGCUUCAAUAAAUCAUCAGCUGUAAGCGGUAGUUCACUCAAAUACAUACAAUAAUACAAAUAAAAUUAACUUAACCUUGAUGUUAUUGAAUUUAA